AGCAUCCACAAAGUACUCACAGAACAGCCACACAGCACCCACUGAGCACUCCACGCACACCUCCGACACUCCUAGCGAACCGAAGUAAUAAUAAACGCAAUCAUGGCCAACACAGCUCAGUUACUGCGUCGCCAGAGCUCCCGGGAUAUCGUCCUCAAAAGCCAGAAGAGCAUCGAUCAGCUGGAACUGAGGGAGCUGCGCGGUCGUCUCGUGUCGAAGGAGCAUGGCGUCAGCCACCACCACCACACAUCGCUGCACCACCACCAGCCGCUCUAUGGGGCCACCAACCAGGGCUUCCUGUCGGACGCCUUCGACGAGUCCUCGGAGCUGGAGCAGGACCCGCCGCCCUUCGGCUCCGAGGCGAGCACCUCCAAGGCCAAGGCCGAGCUGGUGGCCAGCGCCGCCGCCGCGGACCAGCAGGACCUCGUCGAGGGCGAGAAGGAGGGCGAGGAGCGCGAGAGCUGGGACAGCAAGAUCAUGUUCCUGCUGGCCACCAUCGGGUGGGUGCUCCUUUCCGUUUCCGCUUCCAGCUGGUUUCCAACUGGUUUCCAGCUGGCUUACAACGAGCAACCUGUUCGACCGAUCUACUUGACCCAAUUGCUCUGUUUGCUCUGUUUAAAUCCACAGCUACGCCGUCGGACUGGGCAACGUGUGGCGCUUCCCCUAUCUGGCGCAGAAGAACGGCGGCGGGGCCUUCCUGGUGCCCUACUUCAUCAUGCUGUGCAUCCAGGGCAUCCCGAUCUUCUACCUGGAACUGGCCGUCGGCCAGCGGCUGCGCAAGGGCGCCAUCGGGGUGUGGAGCCAGGUGUCGCCGUACCUGGGCGGCAUCGGGAUCUCCUCGGCGGUGGUCAGCUACAUAGUGGCGCUCUACUACAACACCAUCAUCGCCUGGUGCCUGAUCUACCUGCUGCACAGCUUCGAGUCGCCGCUGCCCUGGGCGGACUGCCCGACGCGGCUCUACCGCAACUUCACCUACGACCACGAGCCGGAGUGCGUGGCCUCCUCGCCGACGCAGUUCUACUGGUACCGCACCACGCUGCAGUGCUCGGAGAGCGUCGACCUGCCGGAGGGCUUCAACUACCACAUGGCCAUCGCGCUGGUCGUCUCCUGGCUGCUGGUCUACGUCUGCAUGGUGCAGGGCAUCACCUCCUCGGGCAAGAUCGUCUACAUGACCGCCAUCUUCCCCUACGUGGUGCUCAUCAUCUUCUUCUUCCGCGGCAUCACGCUCAAGGGCGCCGCCGACGGGGUGGCCCACCUGUUCACGCCCCGCUGGGAGACCCUGCUGGACCCCGUCGUCUGGCUGGAGGCCGGCACCCAGAUCUUCUUCUCGCUGGGCCUGGCCUUCGGCGGCCUGAUCGCCUUCAGCUCGUACAACCCGGCGAACAACAACUGCUACCGCGACGCCAUCCUCGUCUCGCUCACCAACUGCGGCACCUCGAUGUUCGCCGGCGUGGUGGUCUUCUCGGUCAUCGGGUUCAAGGCCACCGCCACCUUCGACCGCUGCACCGAGGAGCGCACCGCGCUGCUGGCCCAGAACCGGACCCACAACCUGCCCGUCUGCGACCUGGCAACGGAGCUGGCCAACAGCGCUUCGGGCACCGGACUGGCCUUCAUCAUCUUCACGGAGGCGAUCAACCAGUUCCCGGGCGCCCAGCUCUGGGCCGUCCUCUUCUUCCUGAUGCUCUUCACCCUGGGGAUCGACUCGCAGUUCGGGACUCUGGAGGGCGUGGUGACCUCCCUGGUGGACAUGAAGCUCUUCCCCAACCUGCCCAAGGAGUACAUUGUGGGGGCCCUCUGCUUCUCCUGCUGCCUGAUCUCCAUGUGCUUCGCCAACGGAGCGGGCAGCUACAUCUUCCAGCUGAUGGACAGCUUCGCCGGCAACUUCCCGCUGCUGAUCAUCGCGCUCUUCGAGUGCCUCUCCAUCAGCUACAUCUACGGGGUGCGGCGCUUCUCCGACGACAUCGAGAUGAUGACCGGGUCGCGGCCGAGCUUCUACUGGAUGUUCUGCUGGAAGUACCUCUCGCCCGCCGCGAUGGUCACCAUCCUGCUGGCCUCCUUCUACCAGCUGCUCACCGAGGGCAGCAGCUACCCGGCCUGGAUCGCCUCCAAGGGGGCCGCCGAGUCCAUGGAGUGGCCCCACUGGUGCAUCGUCGUCGCCUUCUUCCUCAUCCUCUCGUCCAUCCUGUGGAUCCCCAUUGUGGCGGUGCUUCGUCUCUGCGGCAUCAAGGUGGUGGAGGACUCGGACCCCGCCUGGUUCCCCGAGGCGGAGCUGCGCGAGGUGCACGGCAUCGUGCCCCACGAGCCGACCGAGCUGGAGCGCAGCAUCUUCUGCUUCAACAUGGACGGAACGGAGGGCAUGUGCUGCCCCAAGUACGGACUGCCCGAGAAGUCGCUCGAGGAGGAGGAGUAGGCCGGCGGAGCCCGGGGGAAGGAGCCACAACGACAAUAAAUCAGAUGAAACCGAACCGAAGAGAAGCGGGAGCAGAAGGGGAAGCAUAAGAGGAAGCGGAAACGGAAGCAGAAAGGAAACGGAAACGGAAGCGGGGGAACACAACGCAGCGAGGCUCAAUGUAAAUAAGGACAAUAACUAAGCUCUCACCGAAGUUGGCGGCGUCGAUGUCUACACUCCCACAUGCUCCCAAAGACUGUUCGAAGAUAAUAAGUGAAAAGCGGGGAAGGGCAAGCGGGAAAAUAGGAAAAAUAGGGAAAUAGCAAUAGCAAUAGCAAUAGCAAUAGCAAAGCAAAAGCGAUACUAGGUAAAACCCGACGCUGGAUGCGCGGUUUCAUUCAAGCAGAAAGCCAAGGAAAAGCAGCCAACAAACAACAACCAACAGCCAAAAGCAAAAAACCGAAAACAAGUACCGAAAUCAAUGGAGAUAUUUCCGCAUACUUCAUUAGCAUGCGGUCGUAUAUAAUCGUAUGUAGGCGCGACUAUUAUGUUCCAUUGCCUUUUCUCCGCGGGUUUCUCUUCGAAAGGGGCAGGGGGGGGCGUAUAUAGGAGGCCGUUAUACGGCCACCCUUAUAGGGAGGGUCCACAUAUCCGAUUUCGCUGCUAAAGAGAAACCGCACUCUGUACCACAACGCAAUUGCUGACUAUACACGAUAUAACUACUAUACGCGAUACGCACUGUAUCGCAUUCCGAUUCUAGAGUAACUGUUUGAUUUGACCAUAUCACGAGGGCAUGGGAAUGGGACUGGGACGGGGGCACCACCUGCAAGACACAUAACUAUAUAUAGCAGUCAUUAUUUGUUGUGAUCGCUCCGCUUUCUGUGUUUACUGUUGUCAGCGAGGAUAAUGUUGCUCGAGCCUCGAGCAGGCGAAACCAUAUCAUCGGAAACUAUGCUUAAACUAAAAUAUAAUAUAACGUUUACGUCUCGGUGUUAAGGAUGCGGAGGAGAUAUAUUGGACACGUGUUAUGUUUUGCUCUUAUUGAAAGUUAUACGAUUACAAUUACUUGUUGAUAGCCGAUAUCAUCGCCAGAGCCCCCACUCCAUUGUACAUUUGAGAUGAUGCGGGUGUCGAUCGUCGAUCUAUAUAUUUACAUCAAACUAAGCAUUAACAAAUCGCAAUCGCAACCGUUCAACUAGGUGCAAGAGGAACUCUAUAUAGAUAUACACAUACAUAUAGAUAUACAUACACAUAUACAUAUACAUAUACAUAUACUUAACUGGAGGAGGCAGCUUAAGGUUUACCGCCCCCCGAUAUCAUCGCAUUGAAACCUACAUACAAUGUGUAUUAUUAUACAAAUUAAUGGAUAUUAUACGUAUAUUUAUGUGUGUUGAAGCGGCUACGGGUGUGCGAGUUCUUUUUAAAGUUCGUCUAGAUGUUUUUGGGUUCCGAGCGGAGAACACUUUGUAUGGUAACUCACUCCCCCAAUAGCUACUUAUUUCGCGGUACUAUGUACAACCUCUACACUUAUUUAUACACGUGCAUCGCUAAAUUAUAUACAUUUGUUUCAAGUGAAAGAACAUAUACUAUACAACUACUAAGAGUUAUUGAUGUUGACAAUAAAAACCACGCGAACACGUUUUAGGCAACGAAGAUAUAUAGACAACCUCCUAUUUCCCGAAGGGAACACAGACACAAUCCAGGGCGAGUACGAUGAGAGAUAUAGUGUAUGCAAUAUGCAAACGCCUGACCCGAUCAGAUGCGAUCUAUGUACAUAUAGUUUGUACAUUAUAUGCAGAUCGGUCUCAGUGGAGAACCCACUAACUCGCACUGAAUGGACGCAAUGAAAACAGAGAUAUGUCAUCGUAUACAAAUGUACUUCGCAACUGAUAACAGAUAAUAACAAACUUCCAACUAAAUGACAAUAAACAAUUCGAAACUCA